AUGUUUGAAGGUUGUUUUUUAUUUGCUAGUGAUUCAAGAAGAGGUCAUCAAUUAUCAGAGAGAUACGUUGUCCGUGACGACGUUAAGAAAAUAAGACAGAUUCCAGGUAAAAACAUAUAUGUGGCAGGUUGUGGAAUAUCUAAGCAAACUGACGCUAUCCAUAUUCUUUUGGCAAAGAAUGCUCAUCUCUUCUCUGACGCAAGAGAUGUUGGAAAAUAUUUUGAUAGUUUGGAAGAUCAUUACGGUACCUCUUUCUACAUUGUCUCUAAUGGAACUCAUGGAAUUUUUGGAGUAGCGGUUAUUGGAAAUGAGAAAGACAAGUAUAUGUUUAUUGACGAUUUUGAAUAUGACUAUGAAGUCAUGGGUGUCAGUGUCAAGAAAGAGGUUAUUUAUGUGUUUAUUGAUCAAUUUGUUCGGCGCUUUUGUUUGCUUUCAAUACCCGAAGGUGUCAUGCUUCUUCGUAAUGUGGUUUGUGUCGUUGCUUCUCAACAUGCUGGUUGUGGUGGUCAUGUUGCUUGUACGAUCACAGUCCUCCCUUUAUUUUUGUAUUUGAGAUUUUUCAAUGAUUAUGAUUUAAAACUCUUCCUUAUGUUCUUUGCAGUUCAGUACGUGGGGGAAGAUGGUGUUAAUGAGUACCUUCCCCACGGAGAAAGUACCAAUAUCUAUCGUUUAAAUGAAACCGUGUACGACUUGAAAAACCUCAUCAACAGCUUGAUGGAGAGAUUGUCUCGUAUAUUCCCGGUCCAUAGAGAAAUGGGGCUCUCAAGAGAAGGGAAUGGGGGCAAGAAAAUCAGGGCUUUCUACUUACUAAAGAAAUGGCAGUGGCUGCAGGCAACACAAUGA